CCAAACUUGUUUGCCUUCGCUGCCUAUCAGCCCAUCCGCCAACCUACCAAUCAGCUUCUUUUAUUAAAGAACCACCCGACUCAUCUGAGGUAUACUUUGACCUCUCAUCCGACAUCAACGGUCACCAUGAAUCGUCUCUUGAAGAUUGCCGUCUUCUCUUUGGUCGCAUCCUCUGCGAUUGCGACCGCCGCCCCUGAGCAGGUGGAGUCCGAGGCCAGCACGCUGUCCGACAAGUCCGACUUCUACAGCUAUCUCCAGAACAUCGACGGUGAAUCUAUCCACAGGGCUCUUCACUUGUUCGAGAAGUUCCGCCAUGGCGUCUUCCGCUCCGACGAAGAAGCUGUGGACGCUCUCAGUGCCGAGGAUAAUUCGCUUUCCUCCCAGCUGAAAAUCAAGAGGGACAACAGCUCUUCCGCUGUAGAGCCCUCAGCCACUGCUGUAGUACCAUCCUCUCCUACUCAAGCUUCCUCUCCCUCUUCCAACACUGAAGCUCCCGCUUCCACCACGGAAGCUCCCUCCUCCCACACCACUGAAGCUCCCUCUCCUUCCUCUUCUUCCACUACAGAGGCUUCUUCUGCUUCUUCUGCUUCCUCGUCUGACUCGUCGACUUCUCAGGCGGAACCAACCCCUUCAGCUGAGCCCACCACGGCCACGCCGACUCAAAAGACCACCGUCGAACCAACUACCACGGAGCCCACCACCACCGAGAAGCCAACAACUCCCACCCCAACCUCGGACAAGACCACCGAAAAGCCCACCACCAGUGAGCAGCCUACAACCAGCGAGAAGCCAACCACCUCCGACAAGACCACCUCCGACAAGACGACUGAGAAACCCACCACUACCAACCAACCCUCGCCCACCACUACCGACAAGCCAACCACCUCCGAAAAGACCACUUCGGACAAGACCACCGAGAAGCCCACCACCAGCGCAGACUCCACCACCAAGGGCCCAACCACCAUGCAAACCACCACCUCCGGCCCCGAGCCUACAACCACCGAACACACAACCAAGAACACAACCCCCUACACCUCUACCUACAAGAGCACCACCACCCUCCCCAACGGCGAGCAAAGCACCAUCACCUCCAUCACCGUCGUGCACCCCACCGAAACUGACGUCGCUACGCCCACUGGCGCCGCCCCGGGCCUGCAAACUGAUAACGCAGCCCCAACCACCGGUCUCACCCGCGAACUCUUCGUCAUGGUCGGUGGUGCCGCCCUCGUGGCCAUGGCGCUGUAAUCGGGACAUCAUGCUCUUCAAAAUUUGACCUUUUUUUUUUUUUUUUUUUUU